UUUGCAAACUUUUCUUUCGUGUGCAGAUUGUGCAGUUUAUGCUUCUGGUGAUCUUUGGAGCCAUGACGAUCGAGAGUCGCAUCAUUCCGGUUGAUGCUCCUCUGGCCAUCGACACAAGUCACGAUCCUCAUCCACAGUAUACUUUCGCCUAUAAUAUUCAAGAUGCCUACACGGGAGAUCAGAAGAGUCAGCAAGAGACUCGUGAAGGAGACGUUGUUAAGGGAUCAUAUUCAGUUGUGGAGGCUGAUGGGACACUUAGAACGGUUUUCUACACAGCUGAUCCUAUCAAUGGAUUCAAUGCUGUCGUUCAGAGAGGCCCUAUCGCUCAUCAUUAAUUGCUGAUUGUAAUCUCUGU